GUCUGUGAAAACAAGAUUUUGAUGUUUUUCUUAUUUACACUGGUUAUUUUUGUGGAAUUCUGAAUUAAAAUUCAUCAAACUUUUUACCAGUCAACGGGACGGGAUUCCAUUCCGGGUAUUUAAAAAAAUCCCGAGUCAUUUCAUAGAGUUUGGAAAUAUAGAAUAAUAUAGGGCAGAUUUUCAACGACGAGAAGGGAAAUCUUAUUUCAGCUAAAUAAUUAAUAAACUUGUGUUGGAUAAAAUUAUAGCUGAAGCUCAAAAUACGUGCACAUUAUACAAAUAUCGAAUACCUAUCAACAGAACACACGUGAAAGACAAACGAAAAGAAACACCAUGGAGACGCCUCGUAUUCAAAACAAACUUAAGUUGUUGUUCGAAAAAAUAUCAGAACCGGGCUAUGUGAUGGCCAAUUUUUACGCAGACAGUCUUAUUGAUAAACUAUCAAAUGAUCCCGACACUGAUUCUGCAUACCUGACAACAAUGCCUCAGUUCUCAGAUUUAUUAAUAGAAGCUUUCAAUAACAUAGGAACAUGUCACAUUUCUGUUAAAGUUUUUCUCACCAGGUUAUUUGGUAUUGCUUGUCGUAAAGAAAUAAAUUUUGCUAUUAUUGUUUGUAAAAGGGGAAAUAUACUGGCAGAAUUCUUCCAUGAAAUAGACUCUCCAAGUAUGAAUCCUAGUUUGAGAGUAGCAUACAUGGAGGUGGCCUUGGCUCUUGUGUCACACUCGUCUGGCACAAACUGGAUGUUGCGGUUUGGGUUCUGGAGGAAAGUACUUAGUUUCAAAGCAAACAGUGUGACAAUUUUUGUUGUUCGCUUAAUGUAUAAGUUUGCCUCAGACUUCUUAUGGAAACUGAAUGACUUGGAUGAUGAGGUGCACAUAAAAGAAGUUAUGGAUUUUAUAUGGAAACCCAUAGAGGAUUUCGACUUGUUGAAUAUGGUUUCAUUUACAAUGGAUCAAGGAAGAGAAGUUGAAAUUUGUAACACAGUUGAACCUAUAUUGCAAAUAUUCCUAAGUGUGCUAAAUCGAAAGGAGAGGUUUCAUAAACCUAAUUUGAUACUGAGUCUAUUACUAAAAGAACAAGGGCUGGUCAGCAAGCUGUAUAUAUUAUUUGAAAAAAUGCGGGGAGAUAAUAUUCUAUUAACAAUUUCGAAACUGUUGAAUUUUGUUGUUAUAUUAAGAGUAUUUCAGACCAAACCAUGUGGUCCUGAUGUGGUCUAUACAGGAGAUGAUUUUAUAGAAUUAAAGGUUAUUUACUUCAAUAUCAUGCAGAACUUUUUGCAGAGGCACAAUGUUACUGCUGCUCUAGAUAACUCCUUUAUGUGCUUUUUGGUCUGGUCAACAGUUUGUAAAGACAUGAAAGUGGAGUUGGAUUACAAUGGAAGAAAAGUAGAAUUGAAAUAUCAAAUGCUAUUUAUUUGUCUUGUACCACUGUUUGUUUAUAUCAAUUAUGACUCAACUGAAGGGAAACGUAUUGAAGAUGAGGCAAUCAAUGAGUUUAUGGCUAUGUUAUUGAAUAAAGCUUGCGAGCAUACUGCCCGAAUGGCAUAUGCUAUACGAGAUCUGAUGGGAGUAACAAAUGCAUUGUCAUUGAUUACCUACAGUUUAAAAAAGAUGACAUGUCUGCAAGGGCACAUGAAUGAUGAUCAGGCAAACUUCAUUUUCCAAGCACUGUUUUUCGUCUUAAGGAGUUACUGCUACUCCAAAACAGGUGAUGCUUCUGCAGCGGAAAAUUUAGAGGACAGUGAGCAAAAAGUAGCUGUAAUGAUGUAUGUAAUAGAUGCAAUUCUUGGCAUUAUCAAAAAUCAUAAUAUCCAAUGGCAUGAAGCAUUAGAAGUGUUAUGUUUGAAUACAGUUGUACAUGAUAUAUUGACUAAGAAGGCUAAUUUAUCAUGCAAGUUUGUUGUGGCAGCAAUCAAUGUCAUGACAGUCACUGUACGAAAAUUUCUACCGCCCAACCUCUCCUUGCUAAUGGAAGCAAAGCCAGGAUCUGCCAUGCAUGAAAUUGGCAAGCUGAUAUACAUGAAGAUGCACGACAUGCACUGGGAAGUGAGGGACUCUGCAUUAGAACUGCUGCAUGUUUGUACUGAAAUUGCAUAUAUAAAAUUCCCGCCUAUCAAGAAGCAGAUAACGGAGAACAAUCUGAUAAACCUGGCUGUGACAGUGGCGUUUAACGACCACGAGCCGUACGUGCAGGUUUCCGCGUUCCGCUGCGUCGGCGCCGCCAUCCGCGUCUGCUCCAUGUGGGAUCUCAUGAAAACCGAACAUCCUAACUUGCUGGAAGACUUAGUGACUGUACUUCGUAAUAACCAAGAAGGCAUCGUCAGGAAAGAGGUUUGCAAUGUCCUCUGCGAGAUAUAUCAAAACGUAAAACUCACGUCUUACUUCAAACAAAUCCUUUACGAUAACAUGGCAUCGACGGCGAUGUGUGACUUCCAUUGGGAAGUUCAAAUUAGUGCCUUAAAGUUCUGGAAGAUGGUCAUACAAUCGCACUUGACUGAUCACGGGAUGCUAGAUGGCGAGUUUCCACAAGUGACAUUUUCAAGAGAAUCUCGCAAAAUCGUCACUCUGAACGAAGUCGAAAUAAAAAAGAUUUUACGAAAGGUACUUCACGAAUUAUCGGCAGUGGGUUGUCUGACUGUUCUCCUCAAACUGAUACACGACGACAAUGAGGUUGAAGUCAUGGAAACCGCUCUGGCCGUGGCGCAAGAACUAUUCGUGAUCCUCGAAAAAUAUAACAUGUCAGAAAAAAUGGCGUUCUCAGAGGGCGAUCCCAAGUCUGUAGCCGACUUGGUGUGUGAUGUAAAAACUGAGCGUUACGAAAAUGGAGAGCCAAUGGAAGCUGAAACUGCAACCAUAGCUGAGAAUGUUAUAGAGGGAAUUCUUAAUGUAGACGACAUGAAUCUGCUGGCAGAUAUGUACAAGAAACAGAUGCAAUUGCAUAGUGAAAACAUUAGUUGUGAAGAUUCACCUAAAAUAAAAUUAUUGAAAUCUGCCUCUCCAUCUCUAUUUGUAAACUUUAUGAGUGGUAAUAAUUGUAAGACAAUUAUUCAGCAAAAAAGAGAAUGGAAUGAUGGAAUAAGGAAUGUGUCCUCAAUUCUAGAUGAUGUUCUUGGUAUAUAUGAAGUCAAUGAAGAGGUUAAUUCCUUAGAUUGUUACUGAUGUUAUGAGUUUGUUGUUUUAAAAUUGUUGGUGCUUGGAUAGCAUAGCCAUAAUUCGAAAUGCUAAUUGAUGCAAUUCUCAUUUUUACCAUAAUUUUAUUGUAAAAUGUGUAUUGAUUGUAAUAGGGAUGAUGGCAAACUGUUAAUUCUUCCUCUAUCAGAUAGUUUAUCAAAAAGUAUAGGAAACAUAGUGAUAACAUGUUUUCGGAGGGUUAAACGCUUUGUUACGUAACGCGUUACGGCGUCAGUCCGUCUGGUUUACCUUCCUCUUUAAUAGGUACCUGAAGUUAUCACAUCUGUGGUGAGUCCCGAGACGCACACGCUUCUUUUUUCUAACAUAAUGAAAACAUUACAGAGAUAUAUUGUUUUGAAAUGUCGCGUGACGUCACGUCUUGGUACAUUGUUUACUUUGCAGUGCCGUCACAAGCCCCUUCUCCCAAAUUUGGUCGCGCUUUAUCUUUUUAAGUUUUUUUGUUGAUUGACAGAAGAAAAAUAUGUUACCAUUAUUUUUCGAUAAUGUAUCUGACGGACUAUUAAGAAUUUCAUUUAAUUUAUGGCGUCAUUGUCUCUUUUGUUAUUAAUAAAUAUUGUGACUGAGAUUAUUAAAAUGCUAGAUUACUAGAUAAACUAGUAAGACUUUAACCCAAUAUUUUAUGAUGGACUCUGGAUAAUUCAAAAUGAUGUGAUAUUUUUCAUUCCUUUGUAGAUGAGAUAGCAGACUUGUAUAUAUAAAAAUUUACGGGCCACAAUAAUAGAGAACAUGCAUGUAAUUCAAAUGAGCCUCAUUUUAUAUUUUUAUAUAAAGUAUUACAUACUUUUAAGUUGUCCCUCCCAUCAAUAUUUUUUACUAAAAAAAAAUACGAGCAAUAAAUUGAUGAUUUAAAUUUGCGGGUUCGAAUAUUUAGAAUAAUAUAACAAACGGUUCAUAUGUAUCGUGACGUCACCUCCAAGCGUACGAAAGUAGUGCGCGUUUAAAUUGCCCAUGCAGUGGCUAUUUUUAACAUUUUUUAGACACUACUAUUUUUUCAAAGUAGAUUUUUUAUACUGUAUAUAGAUGUAAACUACUAUAUAAAAUUAAAAGAAAAUCAUGCAUAUUCCCUAUUGUUCUUUGAGAUUACUAUGAAUUAAAUUUUGUAGACAGAACUGCAAACUGUUAUUUUAUAUACCUGCCUUUGUACUCUAGGUAAUAACCGAGAAUAAAAUGUAAAAUAUGUUUAUAUUGUAAGUAUAAUGGCGUAGUGUUAUUUUUUUUUUGUUAAAAUACUAAGAAAGUUAUUAAAAACAUUGUAAAUAAUUUAUUUUCUUCAUUUUAACCUACUAAUGAAUUAAUAAUGAUCCCACUCUUCACUUAUAAUUUUAUCCAUCAUCACCAAAGGAUUUAACAAUAACAGGAAUAGCCUCAACAGCCCAGUGUACGGGCUAUUAACCCUGGCCUCACCAACAUUGCUAGAUUCUAACGAGCUGAGCAUAAUAAAUUGUUGGUCAUAGUUUAGCAUAAUGGUAGUCUUUACUUUUUUUAAAAACAAGAUUUCAGUUUUUACUGACAAUAAGUUGUGCUACUGUAGUAUACUGUUUUGUUGAAAUUUUAAAUAAUAGUCAACAUGUCCUCUGAAGUUUGACCGCUAUGGACUAGAUUGUGGGACCAGCCGACCCAUUCGCUAACUUUUUUGACUUUUAUAGUGUGUAAUUAAAGAGAAAAUUGCAUAUCCAUCAAUGCUUUUCAGGACAAGUAUCUUAGAGGUGUUAUAAUAAAGCAGUGGGGUAUCACUAAAUAGCUCAGUGACUAUCACUUCCAACUGUCAAAAGCAGUUAAAAAUAAGCCUGCAGAAGUAAAUAGCUGUUUGAAACUGAUAAGAAAAAUAGUGCUGGUAUUGUGAUUUUAUCAGUUAAUCUUUCCACUCUUGGUAAUACAAUAUCAGAGGAUCAUGAGUGACUAAUGAAAUUACUAAUGUCAGUUGGUGUGAACUACAUUGUAUAAUGAAAUGUGCAAAAGUAAUCAAUACAAUUAAUUUUUUAUACUUUAAUACCCUAAAUACACUAAUUAUAAACUAAAUAAAACUAUUCAAUCUCUAUAAUAGCUCCAACUUUGGUUAAUGCUUCUUUAAGUUUUUCUGCUUCAUCUUUAGAAAUGUCAGCUUUUACAACUGUGGGCACACUCUCAACAAAUUUCUUCGCUUGAACAAGAUUGAAACCUUCUAAGAGACCUUUGACUUCUUUAAUUAAUGCAACUUUUUGUUUAUCAUCAAACUUUGUCAUCUUUAC